CAGACCAAUGAGAACCCCAGAGGGGUAAGACGGGUCAUUUCCUCUCUGGUUAUCUGCGCCCUUCCUUGGGGCUUGCAAACCACAGCCCUUGGGAGCCUUUGAUCAGAGGAGGAUCUGGGAGAGACCUGAAGAUGGACUCCAUGGCUCUCAGCACCCCGGACUACUCUGAUUAUGACAAAUGGACCUUGAACCCCGAUGUCUUGGUGGAUGCCUCUUCCCCCACCCACAGACUGCGUGUCCCAGAUGUGAUCGCCCUGGUGAUCUUCGCGGCUGUCUUCCUGAUCGGGGUGCCCGGCAAUGCCAUGGUGGUCUGGGUGACAGGGUCUGAGGUCAAGAGGACCGUCAACGCCAUCUGGUUUCUCAACCUAGCGGUGGCUGACUUCCUCUCCUGCCUGGCACUGCCCAUCUUGUUUACAUCCAUCAUCCAGCACAGCCACUGGUCCUUUGGUGACGCUGCAUGUCGAAUCCUGCCCUCUCUCAUCCUUCUCAACAUGUAUGCCAGCAUCUUACUCCUGGCCACCAUCAGCGCCGACCGCUUCCUGCUGGUGUUCAAUCCCGUCUGGUGCCAGAACUACCGAGGGGCCCGCGUGGCCUGGGUGGCCUGUGCCGUGGCCUGGGGCUUGGCUCUGCUGCUGACCAUACCGUCCUUUAUGUUCCGUCAGGUCCACGUAGAGCACUUCCCACCCAAGACGACGUGUGUUGUUGCAUACAGUAGGGACCAUAAAUAUGCGGAGAAGGCCGUGGCCAUCGUCCGGCUGACCGUUGGCUUCCUGGGGCCGCUGGUCACGCUUGCAAUCUGUUACACCUUCCUCCUGCUUCGGGCGUGGAGCCGCACUGCCACGCGCUCCGCCAAGACACUCAAGGUGGUGGUGGCCGUGGUGACCAGCUUCUUUGUCUUCUGGCUGCCCUACCAGGUGACGGGGAUGAUGCUGGCCUUUUUCGAUGCGCACGGGGACAGCUUCAAACUUGUGUCCAGUCUAGAUGCCCUGUGCGUCUCCCUAGCUUAUAUCAACUGCUGCAUUAACCCCAUCAUUUACGUGUUCGCCGCCCAGGGCUUUCACGCCCGGUUCCUGAAGACCCUUCCCGCCAGGGUCCGGGGCGUGUUGACUGAAGAGUCGGUGCGCAGGGAGAGCAAGUCCCAGACGCUCUCCACGGUGGAUACCCCGGCCCUGAAGAGCCAGGCGGUGUAAAGGGAGGCCUUUCUGAGCACCAGCUUUCCAGGGCUCCGCCAAACUUCUGGUCCAUUCACUUUGCUUUUUGAAACUCAGCCCAGGACAAGGUGGGCGGUGGUGGUUGAAUGAAUUUGCCACCUUUUCCUUCCAUCUUUCUUGGACUCGUCCUGCUUCUUCUAGGCGAACCCAAUUUUAUCGUUCUUCAUUUUCCAAGGUUGAUAAGUUCUUCUAGGACUGCCCCCCCCCACCCCCCACCACAACCUUUCCAUCCAAGGACUCUGGAAAACAAACAGCAACCAACAUACGUGAAACCCUCCCACAAAAUAAGACGUUCCUGUGCAAAGCGUGUGAAGAUAUCAGAUACCAGAACAAACAGAAACACUCAAACUUUGAACAACAAAAAAAAAGAAUUCUGUAUUUAUUUUAUGGAGAGUUGACCAAAAAAAAAAUCUCUCUAUAUAAAACUGGAAUCUCAAAAGUUAUUGUUGUUUAGGACAAAGCAAAAAUCCAUGGACUGAGCUUCACUGGUGGCUCAGUGGUAAAGAAUCUGCCUGCCAAUGCAGGGGACAGGAGUUCGAUUCCUGGUCGGGGGUGGGGAGAUCCCAUGAGCCUUGGGACAUCUAAGCCCACGUGCCACAACUAUUGAGCUGGAGCGCCUAGAGCCUGUGCUCCACAAGAGAAGCCUCUGCACCAGAACAAGAGAGUAGCCCCUGCUCGCCGCACCUGGAGAAAGUCCACGCAGCAAGGAAGACCCAGCACAGCCAUAAAUAACAAACUAAAGAAAUAAAAAAAAAAUUUUUUAAUUCGUGUACCAAUCUCAGCUUUGGAGAGUGAGUUGGUUUAAAGAGAAACAGUAAGGGCCUUCCCUGAUGGUCUUGUGGUUAAGACUCCAUGUUUCCACUGCAGGGGGUGUGGGUUCCAUUUGGGGUCAGGGAACUAACAUCAGACAUGCUGUGUGAUGUGGCAAAAAAAAAAAAAAAGAGAAAAGCAGUAAGUUGGUACAUUAUUUCACUAGGUUAAAAAAAAAAAGAGUGUUAAGUAAAAAGAUGUGAUGUGGUUAUGGAGAAAAGCAACGAACGCAGAAGGUACCCAGGGUUGGGAAACACGGGUUGGGUCCCUCCAGCGGGUGGAGUCCCAGGGGAAUUUGCUCUUUUGGGUUGUCAAUUGAUGUUUUGUUUGCCCUGAAAAAGAAAACUAACUGUUUCAUCUUGACCUCGUUUAGCGUCUCAUGAGGUUGGGUUGUAAGUGAUAAUACGAAAGUGAUCCUGUGCAUCUUUGACCUGUCUCCUGUAACAGGAACAUCUUUCAAAAUGGCAUUACAAUAUCACAACCGAGAUGUUGACAUGGAUAUGGCCAAGGUGCUGGACAUUUUUGUAGCUGCCAAGUCCCUCGUGACAUUCUUUUCUAGCACCUCCACUGCCCACUACCCUCCCCAGCUUAGUCCCCAAGCCCUGGCAACCACGGAUCCUCUCUCUAUCUCUGUCAUUUGACACUUUCAAGAAUAUUGUAUUGAUGGACUCAUAUAGCAUGUAACCUGUGGACUUUUAAAUAGCUGGUAUGCACCAGCUGAAAAAUGAAAAUAAAGAAUAAGUGUAGAAA